CCAUGAAUGUAUGACAUAUCCAUAAAAUUUGGAGUUUGACGGAGGGUUGUUCUUCGCAAAUGAAAAAUAGUUUAUAAAAACCAUGAGUUGACGGCAGUAGAUCUGCCGCUGCGAUCGUCAUUUAUAGCGAGAGGGUCCUGAUGGUCCACCGGUCCCCUGGUUUUCAGCCCCAGUCCGAUCCCUGUCAUAGCGCUCUUCUCAGUUCCCUUCAAAUCCACCGGCACCCAUUUCAACACUCCAAAACUUCUUGACGAUUCUUCCAAAUUCCGAGGAAGACGAUGGAACCCAGAGUCUCGACCCCCAGACAGAAGAAGGUCGAUCUUCAAUCAAUUCUAAGAAAAUCAUGGUACCAUUUACGGCUUUCAGUGAGGCACCCCUCGAGAGUUCCCACUUGGGAUGCGAUUGUUCUAACCGCUGCUAGCCCCGAACAAGCUCGGCUUUACGAAUGGCAGCUCAAUCGGGCUAAGCGUAUUGGGCGAAUUUCCCCCUCGACAAUCACCCUUGCCGUGCCGGACCCCAAUGGCCAGCGGAUUGGCUCUGGAGCUGCUACUCUUAAUGCUAUUCACGCCCUUGCUAGACAUUAUCAGAAGCUCGGCCUUGUUCCUAGUAUUGAGGUGGAGACUAUGAGUAAUGGGUGUAAGUCGCCAAAUAAUGACAAUGAAGUAUCUCUCUCACAACUUGCUAGCUUCAUAUCCAAAAAACAUAUACUAUUGCUUCAUGCUGGUGGUGACUCGAAAAGAGUACCGUGGGCAAAUCCCAUGGGGAAAGUGUUCUUGCCGCUACCUUAUUUAGCAGCUGAUGAUCCUGAUGGCCCUGUUCCUCUGCUCUUUGACCAUAUUCUUGCCAUUGCUUCAUGUGCAAGACAGGCUUUUAAAAAUGAAGGCGGCAUACUUACGAUGACUGGUGAUGUUCUACCUUGUUUUAACGCAUCCACUUUGGUUCUUCCAGAGGAUGCCUCUUGCAUAAUCACUGUUCCUAUCACCCUUGAUAUUGCUUCCAACCAUGGUGUUAUUGUGGCAUCUAAAAUUGGGACAUCUGACAGUGGUUACACUCUCAGUCUAGUCGACAAUCUCUUGCAGAAACCGAGUGUUGAUGAACUCACCAAGAAUAAUGCAGUUCUAAGUGAUGGUAGAACGCUUCUCGACACUGGAAUAAUAGCAGUUAGAGGUAAAGGAUGGGUUGAGCUAGCUUUGCUUGCAUGUUCAUGCCAACCUAUGGUUUCAGAGCUUCUGAAGUGUGGGAAGGAGAUUAGUUUAUAUGAAGAUCUGGUAGCUGCUUGGGUUCCUGCCAAACACGCAUGGUUGCAGCCACGUCCUAUGGGUGAAGAAUUGAUUCGUAGGCUGGGAAGGCAUAAGAUGUUCAGCUAUUGUGCCUAUGACUUGUUGUUCUUACACUUCGGCACCUCGAGUGAAGUUUUGGAUCAUUUAAGUGGGGAAAAAUCAGAACUUAUUGGACGACGACACUUGUGUUCUAUCCCAGCUACUACAGCAUCUGAUAUUGCAGCCUCUGUUGUUAUCCUUUCCAGUAAAAUUGGGCCUGAAGUCUCAGUUGGAGAAGACUCUCUCAUUUAUGAUUCUUCCAUUUCUGCUGGAGUACAGAUUGGUUCUCAAUGUAUAGUUGUUAGUGUUAACAUCUCAGGAAUUAGCAAUCAGUUACCAGGAGAUGCAUUUAGGUUUAUGCUUCCCGAUCGUCAUUGUCUUUGGGAGGUUCCAUUAGGAGGCUACACCGAAAGAGUCAUAGUAUAUUGUGGACUUCAUGAUAACCCGAAAAUGUCGGUCUCUAAGGGCGGGACAUUUUGUGGGAAGCCUUGGAAGAAGGUUUUGCAAGAUUUAGGCAUUGAAGAAAGUGAUCUAUGGGCAACAGCAGGAACUCAGGAGAAGUGCUUAUGGAAUGCUAGAAUAUUUCCAGUUCUUUCCUACUUUGAGAUGCUUACCUUGGCUGUGUGGCUGAUGGGCUUGAGUUACAAAAAAACAGAGCACUUGCUUCGGUUAUGGAAAAGUUCUCAUCGAGUAAGUCUGGAAGAAUUACACAAGUCGAUCAAUUUUCUUAAAAUGUGUACAGGAUCUAGUAAUCACCAAGCAGAACUUGCUGCUGGAAUUGCUAAGGCUUGUAUUGACUUCGGCAUGCUUGGACGUAAUUUGUCCCAACUAUGCGAAGAAAUAAAACAGAAAGAACUUUUGGGAUUAGAAACUUGCAAGGGUUUUCUAGAUAAGUGUGCUGAAUUUCAUGACCAGAACAUUAAAGUUGUUCCGAAGAGCCGAGUGCACCAGGUGCAAGUCGAUCUCCUUAGAGCAUGCAGUGAGGAGAGAGCAGCACAAGAGUUGGAACGGGAAGUUUGGGCUGCAGUUGCUGAUGAAACUGCUUCAGCUGUAAGAUAUGGCUUUAAAGAAGAUCUCUUGGACAAGCCUGACACUGAUAGACUGGGACAUGGAAAUAGCCUCUCUGAUAAUAGCAUAAACCAAUUAAUCCACCAUAAAAAGGUAACUGUUGACUUACCUGUACGUGUGGAUUUUGUUGGUGGUUGGAGUGACACUCCUCCAUGGAGCUUAGAGCGUCCAGGUUGUGUGUUGAACAUGGCGAUUAAUUUGGAAGGUUUACUUCCUGUUGGGACCUGUAUAGAAACAACUAAAACUUCUGGAGUUCAGUUCAAUGAUGAUGCUGGAAACGAGUUACAUAUCAAAGACCUUAACUCGAUUACCACUCCUUUUGAUAGUGAUGAUCCAUUCCGGCUCGUCAAAUCUGCAUUGCUUGUGACUGGCAUUAUUCACGAUCAUAUUCUAACAGUUUUUGGUUUGAAAAUCAAGACUUGGGCCAAUGUGCCUCGUGGUAGCGGUCUGGGAACGUCCAGCAUCUUAGCUGCUGCUGUGGUAAAAGGUCUUCUUCAGAUAAGUGAUGGUGAUGAAAGCAAUGAAAAUGUUGCCAGACUUGUAUUGGUACUAGAGCAGCUUAUGGGGACUGGAGGUGGCUGGCAGGAUCAAAUAGGAGGUUUGUAUCCUGGCAUCAAGUUUACCACAAGUUUUCCUGGAAUCCCAUUACGUCUUCAAGUUAUCCCCUUGUUAUCAACACCUCAUUUGGUCUCCGAGUUGCAGAAUCGAUUGCUUGUGGUAUUUACUGGUCAAGUCCGACUUGCACAUCAAGUCCUUCACAAGGUGGUGACUCGAUAUCUCCGACGCGAUAACCUUCUGAUAUCCAGUAUUAAGCGUUUAGCCACACUAGCAAAGAUCGGGAGAGAAGCACUGAUGAACUGUGACGUCGAUGAAUUAGGAGAAAUAAUGAUGGAGACAUGGCGGUUGCAUCAAGAGCUAGAUCCUUUCUGUAGCAAUGAGUUUGUUGAUAAGCUGUUUGCAUUUGCAGACCCCUAUUGUUGUGGGUACAAACUGGUGGGUGCUGGUGGCGGGGGGUUCGCUUUAUUAUUGGCUAAAAGUUCAGUAUUAGCCAUGGAAUUGAGAAACAAGCUUGAAGAUGAUAAGAACUUCGAUGUUAAAGUCUACAAUUGGAGCAUAUCUUUAUAGAGGUUUUGAAUUCUGCUAUUAUUUAUUUAUUUAUUCUCAUCCAUAUUCAUAUUAAACAUGUUUGUGAAAUAAAGUGAAGAACAUAUUGUUGCUUGA